AGGGACUAGUGAAACCGGACGACAGGUGAUCAGACCUGCGCCUCCGGGUCCUCUCCGCUGUCAUGGCCUUCGCGGCUGCUGCCGGCAGCAGCUCCAGCGGCAAGCAGUUCGAGUUCGAGGAGGCCACCGUGGACGCCAUCCACCAGGGCUUCAAGAACGGCAGCCUCACCUCGACGGCGCUCGUCCAGUUCUACCUGGACCAGAUCGCCCGCCUCAACCCGCUGCUCCACGCCGUCAUCGAGGUCAACCCGGACGCGGUCGCGCAGGCGGAGCGCGCCGACGCCGAGCGCUCCGCCUCCGGCGGCCGCUGCGCCGUUGGCCUGCACGGCAUCCCCGUCCUGCUCAAGGACAACAUCGCCACGCGCGACCGGCUCAACACCACGGCCGGCUCCCUGGCGCUGCUCGGCUCCGUCGUCAGGCGCGACGCGGGCGUGGUGACCCGCCUCCGCCGCGCCGGCGCCGUCAUCCUCGGCAAGGCCAACCCCUCCGAGUGGUCCAACUUCCGCCCCGUCAAUUCCGGCUGGAGCGCCCGCGGCGGCCAGACGCUGAAUCCAUAUGUUCUCUCGGCAAGCCCGUGCGGGUCGAGCGCUGGGCCUGGCGUUGCCGCGGCAGCCAACAUGGCAGCAGUGACACUGGGAUCGGAGACGGACGGCUCCAUCCUCUGUCCAUCGUCGCGCAACUCUGUGGUUGGGAUCAAACCAACUGUCGGGUUAACUAGCCGAUCUGGUGUCAUCCCCAUCAUGCCUCUUCAAGACACGAUUGGACCAAUGUGUCGGACAGUAUCCGAUGCCGUCCAUCUGUUGGACGCCAUUGUCGGGUAUGAUGAGUUUGAUGCAGAAGCCACCGGAGCAGCGUCCAAGUACAUCCCACAAGGGGGUUACACGCAGUUCCUGAGGAUCCAUGGAUUGAGGGGCAAGAGAAUCGGUGUCCCUGAUGUGUUUUUUCAUGGAUAUGAUGGCGUGCAAAUGGCGGUUUAUGAGAAGCAUCUCGAUACAAUGAGGCAACAAGGCGCUGUCGUGGUCAAGGAUCUUGACAUUGCAACAAACUUGACUGAUCUGGAUGACCAAGAGAGUCUGCUGAUGAAUGCAGAGUUCAAGUUAAGCAUCAAUGCGUAUUUGUCUGACCUACUGCACUCUCCAGUGCGCUCCCUUGCAGAGGUCAUAGCAUUCAACGAAGCGCAUCCUGUAGAGGAGAGACUCAAAGAUUUUGGGCAGCCGGACCUGAUUGCCGCGGAGAAAACCAACGGCAUUGGCACCAGGGAGAGAGCUGCCAUUCAGCGGCUCAAGGAGAUAUCCACCAACGGGUUGGAGAAGCUGGUGAAGGAACACCAGCUGGAUGCGAUCGUGGCGGCCAACAGCGACGCCUCCUCUGUUCUCGCCGUCGGGGGCUAUCCGGGCAUCGCCGUGCCGGCAGGGUACGACAAGCAGGGAGUCCCCUUUGCGAUAUGCUUUGGGGGGCUCAGGGGCUACGAGCCAAGGUUGAUUGAGAUCGCUUAUGCGUUCGAGCAAGCUACCAAAGUCAGAAGACCACCUACUUUCAAGAGCUAGCUAAUAAGAACUCAAGAAGGAGCUAGCAUGGUGGCACGUCAUAAGAACACUCCCAAUGCAGAAACUAUCAUUGUUUCUAUAGAUUGUAGUGUCAUCUAAGCAUUUUGCUGAUGUGGUAAUAUAGUUAUUGAAGAGAGAGAGUAAAAGUCAUAAAAACUGGGUCUAAGUUAGAAACCAUGUCUACAAAAAAUCCAAGACAUGAAGUGAUAUGAUUGACUAAGAAUGGAGAGAGAAUGAAUGUGAUUGGAUAUAAAAAUAUUCUAUAGAAACUAUCCAUUGAGUCCAUAGUUUCUAUAUAUAGUGUCUAAAAUUUAAUGGAUAUGAAAAUUAUAUGUAGUUUCUAGCAUUAGGAGUGCCCUAAGGAAUUUAGAGCCUAGCACAUUUCAUUCUCCAAACCAAAACAUGCAAUAAGGUAAUGGUGCCGCGAACGGUUCAAUUCCUGAAACCAAACGCCUAAAUACAAUUUCUUAGUGCAAUGUAAGAAAAUUUCUAUUCUC